CUAUAUCCCUUCUUCUCUCUUUACUUCAGGAGCACUACAAGGAUCUGAACGAGAGACCUUUCUUUCCCAAACUGAUAGAGUACAUAACUUCUGGUCCUGUAGUUUGCAUGGCCUGGGAGGGUGCAGGUGUUGUUGCAUCGGCUCGCAAACUGAUAGGAGCUACUAACCCCCUUCAAGCUGAACCAGGGACCUUAAGGGGUGAUCUUGCAGUUCAAACAGGAAGGAAUGUUAUCCACGGAAGUGACAGCCCUGAUAAUGGCAAGCGUGAAAUCGCGCUAUGGUUCAAAGAAGGCGAGCUCGCUCAGUGGGAAUCAGUUCAAUCACCCUGGCUUAUAGAAUGAUGCUGGCACAUCACUGCAUGAGCCUGACACCGGUGCUUACUUGGCCAACUUUGUUCUGCGGGGCCAUGUAUGAGUUUACUUCUGUCCAGUAUAGUAGCCUAUCAAGGCUCCAAAAUUUUCACCAUAGUCCACAUGUAUGUUCUUUCUACGGUUGUUUGUUAUAUUGA